AUGGCUGCAUUUGCUGCUGCGAGCCCCUCCAUUUGGGUGGGAGGUUUGGACCCCAACCUGAAUGAACAGAAACUCUACGACCAUUUCGUUCGUGUCGGGCCCGUUGCCUCUGUCCGCGUGUGUGUGGACUCCGUCACCCAAAAGUCACUUGGCUACGGCUACGUGAACUUCCAGAACCCUGCCGAUGCUGAGAAGGCGCUUGACCAGGCCGGUGUGAAGUUGGGUACGAAGCACAUCCGUAUCGCCAAAAUCCAGCGCGACCCUUCGAAACGCCGUAGCGGCGUGACGAACAUCAUAGUGAAAAAACUCCCUCCCACCGUGGACACCUACGCGCUGAAGGAGAUGUUCUCCAAGUACGGUCGCCUUACUGCCAUCGGGCUUGCCACUGAUGAAAAAGGAGAAUCACGCGGGUAUGCCCGCAUCUCCUACGAAAAGGAGGAAUCCGCUGUUGAUGCCGUCCGGGAGUUGAAUGGGGUUUCCAUUGACGACUGUGCCAUUACCGUGGAACGCUACCAACCCCACCACCGCGAAGAGCAGCUGAAACAGUACACGAACCUCUACGUAAAGAACCUUGACCCCUCCGUGGACGAUGAGAAGUUGAAGGAGGUGUUUUCUCCCUUUGGUGAGGUGACUUCCGCGAAGGUGCGCGAUCUCGCCGGCAGGCCGACCGUCGGCUUCGGGUAUGUUGCCUAUGCCACACACGAAGCUGCCGCUAAGGCCGUGGAGGAGUUGGAUGAUAAGGAAAGCCCCCUCGCAAAGGAAGGCAUGAAGUUAAGUGUCUGCCGCUUCCGUUCCAGGGAGGAGCGCAAACGGGAGCGCGAACGCCUUCGCCGGGAGCGCCAGCAGCAGCACAGCAAAUACCCGAACCUGUAUGUGAAGAACUUUGACGAUACCGUCACGAGCGAACGCCUGAAGGCGUUGUUCGAUCCCUUUGGCGAGACUGUAUCUGUCAGUGUGAUGAUGGACAAAGCAACGAAGGUGUCCCGCUGCUUCGGCUUCGUCUCCUUCAAGGAACAAAGCUCCGCGGCUCAGGCUAUCCAGGAACUACACGGUAGCACGGCGUUGGGCCCUCGCCCUCUGUUUGUGAGUUACGCCCUCCGCAAGGACGCCCGCCGGCAGACACUCGAAGACAUGCGGAACAAACAGCCCCGCAUGCGUCAACCGCCUAUGGGUGGCCUGAUGGGUGGUAUGAUGGGACCACAGCUCAGUUUCAUGAAUCCCCCGGCGAUGUUCAAUGGUAUGCACUUCAUGAACACGCGCAUGCCAAUGAUGCCUUCCACCAUGGGCAUGGGUGGCCCGAUGCGACCAAUGGGACCGACACCCAUGAACCAAGUCCGCGCCCGCCCGGGACCACAGCGCCCGCCCAUGCAAUCCAUGAUGGCCCCACAGCAACAGUCGCACCCACAAAUUCCGCAACCUCCGGUUGCUCAGGGGCAGAACCUCUCCACAGUACUUGCCAGCAUGACUCCAGAUCAGCAAAAGAAUGUGCUGGGCGAGCGGCUGUACAACUACAUUGUACGAAACAAUCCCUCCUUCGCCGCGAAGGUUACAGGCAUGUUGUUGGAGAUGGAUAACAGCGAGAUCCUCAACCUGCUAGACAACCACAGUCUGCUUGACACGAAGGUGCAGGAGGCCCUCGACGUGCUCAACCGUCACAUUGGCAUGUAG